UUUGCGUGACCGCGGCAGGUUGGUCCUAGAGCAGAUGAGCGCAGAAUAUUUAGGCGAGAGCGCGAGGAGGGGGGAGCGCGGGGCAGGAGGAGUAUCUCGGCCGAGAAAAUUAUGCAUGCGUUAGGGAAGCUCUGAGAGAAUGGCUGUGGAAGCUCUCCACUGUGGCUUGAAUCCCCGGGCUGUCGAUCACUCCGCCCGGGCCGAAGGCAUUAAACUGCAGAUUGAAGCGGAAGCUGUGGAAUCUCAACCCAUUAAAAACAAAAAUUUUCAGAAGGUGCUUGACCAAAAAGGAACCCCCAAGCGACUGCCAACAGAAGCUGAGACGGCUAAGUCGGCUACGGUGAAGCUGUCGAAACCAGUGGCUCUGUGGACUCAACAGGAUGUCUGCAAGUGGCUGAAGAAACAUUGUCCGAAUCAGUAUCAGAUCUACAGCGAGUCAUUCAGACAGCAUGACAUUACUGGGCGAGCCCUGCUGAGACUGACUGACAAAAAGCUUGAGCGGAUGGGGAUUGCCCAGGAGAACCUCCGGCAGCAUAUCCUACAACAGGUGCUCCAGCUGAAGGUGCGCGAAGAAGUCAGAAACCUACAGUUACUCACACAAGGCGGUCAUGUCUCCAUUGAAGUCCUCACCUCGCCGUGCUGCCAACCCCAUAAAAUUUCAUCAUCAUCCCCUUCUUCAUCAGCUGGUUCUCCAGCCAGGUAA